GAGACGCAGCCUUCAUAUCAAUGGGUGUUUAUUGGUAUUUCAUCCAAACUUGCAAAAGGAGUCUUUAAAACUAUAGAUGGACUUUCAAUAAGACAAGUAUAUAACAAAUGGGCACCAGGCGAGCCCAAUGACAGCAACGGUGAAGAAGACUGCGUUAUACUGCGCCGAGAUGGUACACUUAAUGAUGAUAAAUGCUCCAAAAGGAAUCCAUUCAUUUGCAAAAAGACUCUGGCAUCUCUCAAGUGGAAUGAGGAGUGCAAUGUUCCUUAUAUGGGUACGUGCCUUUUGAUUUUACUUGUUCAGAAUAAAUUGCGUUUCUUCUGCUUAUGCUCUUCUUCUUCUCCAACAUCCCGUCAAGUUUUUUAGGUGCUAGGAUUCCAUUUCUGCCAAAGAGUCCAUCGGUUGGAUACCACCCUCUUAAUUAUUGCAGUCGCUAGAUAACAGUGCUUGUGCUGCUGUAUUUUGGUCUAAAGAAUCUUGAGAGACAUUCUCUAUCUUACUUCUAAGAGGUUAUAACGCAUUCGUAGCUCCCAGUAAGCUGCAGGCGUCCCUGGACCGCAGUAGCCACUCUUACUAUCAGGUUGACUGUACGUUUGUGUGUUACUUCAGUUUUAUAAAAUAAGUCCACUGCUAGACAGAGGUCUCUCCAGAUGUAGGGAGGAUCUGCCACAAUCGUCAUGCUCGGCAGGUUGGUUGGUGAUCAUAAUACUAUUCACUUCUGUCACUUCUUCCCGUUGCCAAAACUAAGUUCAAAACUAGUGAGAUGCGGCAAGUAAAUUCUAUGUAAGAACGUUCGAAGGAGGCGGAGUUAUAGCCGAAAUAAGAAUUUUUAAUUUUUUUGUGUUUUGGCUAUUUUGAUCCCUAGGAGUGUAAUGAGAACUUUUUGCCCCUAUUCAACCAUGACCCCCCAUGACAUCCUCUACAUGAUAGACUAUACAAACUGACUGUGCCUAAAGCUCGAGCCACCCCCCCAAUGUUUUGGUUUUUGGCCAUUUUGACCCCUAGGAGUGUAAUGAGAACUUUUUCCCCUAUUCAACCAUGACCCCCGUGACAUCCUCUACAUGAUAGGCUAUUCAAACUGACUAAGCCUAAAGUUCGAGCCACCCCCCAACUCAUUUCUAGUCUUUACUUCCAAAAAACUAAGAAAUACAUGUUUCAGGAUUUUUUGGAACUUCCACUGCAAAGAGGGUGAUUUAGGUGAUAAAAGCUUGCAUAAAAUUACGUAAUUUUUAAGUAAAGAAUGAAAAUUUGUAUUUAGCCUUGAAAUUUAAAACUAAAAGACACUCUUUUCAGUAUUAUUGACAAUUCUUCCCUAUGGUAUCUAAAAUUAAGGAUGAAAGAUAGUAUGAAGUUAUGCCAUAUUUUAAUUUUAUACUAGCAAUGCUAUAAACAUUACCUUGUAAGCUUAAAAUGCUUUUGUUAGGAGUGGUUUACGACAGUAGACAGUAGUCUAAUAGAGGAUUCGAACAUACGACCUUUUGAGUUCGCGGUCCGCACCCUGUCAUUGGGUUACUUUCGCUUCAAAAAUCUUUGUUAAUACUAUUAAAGACUUUCAAUUCUGUUAUACGCUUUUGAUUAGAAACUAUGUAACACGUGUUUAAGGAUUUUUUGAUACACCACCCUUAAGCGGGAAAAUAGGGGAUAAAAGAAAAAUUAUAAAAUAUUGUAAUGCGGUUUUCAAUCAGGCAGUAUUUUAUUUACUGUAAGUACAAUAAUACACAUGGAAGCAAAAAUAAAAUGGGAUAAGUAGCACAAUAGGUGGUCUUAUCGCUCUGGAUGCGAUUUCUUACAGACAAUCUUUUUAGGCAAAUAAUUAUUUACACGCUAUGAGGUAGAUAGUAUGUAAGUAUGUAUGAGGUAGAAGUGCAUACAUUCUAAUAUUAAGUUAAAUAAAAUAAAAAUAAAAACAAGGGAUGAUGACAGUUCAGAAAAGCAGCAUAGAUACAAGAAAGGACGGGAAGUAGGUAUAUUAAAAGUCUAAUAUUUCCAAGUAAUAAGUUUUCAGUAAAUUUUUAAAGUUAAAGGAAAGAAGGUAUUGAGAAGGAGUAAGUAUAAAUAAUGGCGAUUAUUUUAUUUUAUCUUUUAAUUAUUUUUUAUUUAAAAACUUAAAUGUAACACUAAAGUACAUAAGGCGAGUUUAAUGUCAUGUGGCAUACUCUGCCAGUCAACCCUGGGUGCCAAAGACAAUAGUUGGCAGGUGCGAAUAAAGCGUCAUCAUCAUCAUCAUUACAGCCCUUCACAAGUCCACUGCUGAACAUAGGCCUCCCCCAAAGAAUGCCACAAAGCACGGUCCUGAGCCACCUGCAUCCAUCGACUUCCUGCAUGUCUUACCAGGUCGUCACUUCAUCUCGUGGGGGGACGCCCUACACUUCGCCUACCGGUACGAGGCUGCCACUCGAGAACCUUUCUUCCCCAUCGGUUGUCGGUUCUUCGAGCUAUAUGGCCGGCCCACUGCCACUUCAGCUUACUAAUCCGUUGGGCUAUGUCGGUUACUCUGGUUCUACUGCGGAUAUCCUCAUUCCUAAGUUUAUCACGCAGAGAAACUCCGAGCAUAGCCCUCUCCAUAGCUCGCUGAGCGACCUUGAGCUUCCUCAUACGGCCAGCAGUGAAGGACCACGUCUCAGUUCCAUAGGUCAUCACUGGCAACACGCACUGGUUGUACAAUUUCGUUUUCAGGUUUUGAGGUAUGUCUGACGAGAAGAUAUGUCGUAGCUUCCCGAACGCUGCCCAGCCGAGUUGAAUCCGUCGAUUGACCUCUCGGUCGAAGUUGGACUUACCUAGUCGGACUAUUUGUCCCAGGUAAACAUACUCGUCAACAACUUCGAGCUUAGUGCUCCCAACAACUACCGGCAUAGGUGUGACAUGGACAUUGAACAUGAUCUUUGUUUUGUCCAUGUUCAUCUUAAGACCUAUCCGAAACACUAUCGAGGUCAUUGAGCAUAGUGCUUAGGUCCUCCAGCGAUUCUGCCAUAAGGACUAUAUCGUCGGCAAAUCGAAGGUGAGUGAUGUACUCGCCAUUGAUGUUGAUAACGUAUCCUUUCCAGUCCAGAAGCUUGAAAACGUCUUCCAAUGCAGCGGUGAAGAGUUUCGGGGAUAUGACGUCACCCUGUCUUACACCUCUCUACAAUUGGAUAGGUUUCGUACUCUGGUUCUGUACUCGGAUAGCCAUCGUAGCCCUACUGUACAAGCACUUCAACACUUCGAUAUACCGACAGUCAACUUGGCACCGCUGAAGGGACUGCAGCACCGCCCAAAUUUCGACGGAAUCAAAGGCUUUCUCAUAAUCCACAUACGCCAGACAUAGUGGCAAAUUGUACUCUUCGGACUUCUGUACAAUUUGCCGAAGGGUAUGUAUCCACAUACAUACCCUUCGGCAAAUUAUUAAUAGACCACUCUAUGGUGCUAAAGCCCUUUCGGAAACCGGCUUGUUCGGGAGGCUGGAAGUCGUCAAGUCUGCGCGCGAGACGAUUCGUAAUGACUCUCGAAAACAGCACGUAGACGCGGCUCAGAAGGGAAAUCGGUCUGUAGUUCUUCAAGAGAGCGUUGUCACUUUUCUUGAAGAACAAGACCACCGCACUUCUGCUCCACGCCUCCGGUGUAAUGCCACCAUGGAGGACGGAAUUAAAGAGCUUCUGAAGGACUUCAAGUACCGGUCUUCCACCCGCUUUCAGAAGCUCCGCUGUAAUUCCAUCCUCGCCUGGGGCCUUACCGUUUCUAAGGUGCUGGAGAGCCAUUCUAAUCUCGCUCAGACUGACGUCCGGGAUAUCUUCGGAAUAGUGUCGAAUAAAGCGUACAUGUAUUAAAAUAUAAUAUAUACAUAGUACAUACAUAUCCAACACAUAUUUAAAUAUGCAUAUAUAUACACACACAUAUAUAUAUAUAUAUAUAAUGUGUAUAUAUGCUUAUAAAUAAAUAUCCGUAUGUGAAUAUAU